CAAACUAAAACAAAUAUUUACUGUGUUUUUAGACGGAAAAUCUUUCUUUUUUUGGUCAAUUUGACAGAUGAUGCAAUUUUUAAGAUUGUUUAAAUACCACACCCAUUGAUUAUAUUUGUUGAGACAAAAUUUUAAUUCAAAAAUAUCCAAAAAGUUGUUGAAAUAUCUUGAUUUAUUAAUUACUCGUUUUAGGGACUUUGAAAAUUGAUAUAAGCGCCAUCUCAGUGUCGAAAAUUACAUUACAAAAUGCAUUGUCAAAAAAUUAAGAAAAAUCUAUUUUAUUGAUAUUAUUAACGAAUUGCAUAACAAUAUUAAGUUUUUAAAAAGUUUUGAGACAUCAACACCUUUUUUAUUGCAUAUUUUCAAUAAUAAUGAUAAGUAUCAUUUUGAUUGAAGUCGAUAAAACAGUAUUCUAAUUAUGUCAUUUAAUGACGUUUAAAUCAAAAAAAUUAUUUAUUACUUAUAAAAAAAACUUUUUUUGUUAUAAUUUGGAUUAUUAAAGUAUGUUCCGGCGCCUCCACCAAAUAAAUAUAAAAACUCACCAUAAAAAUCAGUUUAUUUCUUCUAUUUGACCACUAUAACAACACAAUAUUACCACCGUCGACAACCGUUCUGAACGAUUUCAAUCGUAUAACGGGGAGAGAUUUGCCGGGAAUAGGAUCUCUUGCAAAGGGGAUGGUCCACAGCAUCCCUACGAACGCCAAUGGUAUUUUAGGGAUGAUGUUGGACCGCCCCAAAAUCAAUAAGUCCAUUGUGAAGAGGUGUUACUCCACAAGAAGUUGUAGGCGGUGCUACAUUUAUAAUUAUGAUAAUGAAUUUUGUUAAUAAAAUUUUGUCCUAUUUCUUUGAAAAUCGAUUUAAAACUUGGUACAAUAAGUGUUAGGUAGUCAUGGUAAAAUCCAUGGUUUCCAUGCAACAACCCGUCCAGUUGACGGAUGGUUUCGCGUUUAUUUUCAAUCUUAAUUCCGAUUUCGCGACGAUUUCGUAAAAAUACAAUUUUUUUUGUUUAAAAAAGAAAUUAAAUCAAAAUUUGUAAAGAUGUCGAUGAAUUUUACAGCAUACCAAUUCGACGAAGAAUACAAAGCGUCCAGGUUAAGAAACUGGGAAAUUCCGCGUUGGCAUCCAGAGCGUCCUUGCGGCCAUAAAGGAAAAACUAGAGUCGUUUCGAACGAGAAGGGACAUCUUUUACCCGGAGUGCCAAGGUCUUACACAAGCCCUUGGGGUAAUUUUGUCGGUACAUGGGAUUUACCGAAAAAAAUUUCAAGAGAAUUAGCGUUUCGUUUAAGCGCACCUCCUUUGGAUAAAAUUCAAAAGUGGAGAAAACAUUGUGAAAGAUCUCACUGCCCACCUCCCCCAAUUCCUGAGAUAACAUCGCGUUCGAAAAAGAGCAAAGAAACCGAAGCUAAAUUAGAGGCGUUGAAGAGACAAAAAGCUUUAGAAGAGAAAAAGAGGCAGCGAGAAGCAGCUUUAGGUGUUAAACAAGAACCAGUUAAAGAGGAGGUUCCAAAAAGUGAGGAAAAACGAGAUAUUAAAACAUGCCCUUGCCACCCAGCGGAAGAAAAGGUUGAGGUUUUGGUUGUCACAGAUGGGGAAAUAGUUGAGGAAGCUCCCCCAGAAAUUGAGGAAAUGGAUACAGUUUUUGAAAGCAAUUCACCUCGUAUAAAUAAACAUAAAUACAUCCCAGGACAAUUAACAGAUUUUAAAUAUCGGCACCCAAGCCACCAAGAAUUAGUGUUAGAAAUCUUCGAUGAACACAUCAAGGAAAACCCAGCUAAAGGUUAUCCGAAGUACAGAGAAGAUUUUUUAUCACCCCCGAUUGAUAAACCUAUUAAUAGUAAACAGGCUGUUGAUGAAUUUAUGAAAGAAAUGUCUCGUAUUAAUAAAACAGAAAGAAUUAAUGAAACUGCUUCAAAAGAAAAACUAAAAAAGAUAUCACCUUAUUUAGCAGCGGCUAAAAACUUUGUUUUUGCUAAAAAGCUUCAUAAAGAAAACUUGGAACAUAAACCUUUACCUGAUACAGUAACAGAUGCAAUGUAUAGGAAGGCCCAAAUGAUGGGGGGAGAACCGGGGUUAAUGCUAAAAGAUGGGAAUUUUGCGACUGGAGUCGGUUGGAAAGGUUAUCCAGGUUAUGGAGCAACUCGUUGCACAAAAUUAAAAGUGUAUCGCCCAAAAACUUGCGAAAAUUUCCCCCAAAAUAAACGACCAAACACAGCAAACAGUUUCGAUAAAAAAUGGAGAUUUAUUCGCCGCCAAAAAGUGACUCCAAUCGAACUAGCAAUCUGUUGGGAUAUGACCCCAAUUAAUCCCCAUGAUGAACCUAAACGCACAGUUCACAUUGAUGGGUCAAAUGGGUCGCAAGCCCCCGCAAUUUUUACAUCGGUACAUACCCCAAAAGAAAACAUUGAAAUAAUUCAAAACAAAGAUUGUAAUUGUUCGCAAAAUCUAAAUUUUAAAACACUUCAACGUAACGAACGUCCGAAAACUGUUUAUGAUUUUCGGAGACACAAAAGUACCCCGGAUUUAAAAUCAACGUCGACUUUUUCAUGUUCUUCUUCUUGUCCGAGUUGUUUGAGGAUGAAAGAACUUCGUCCAAAUGGAAGAUUAUGCGUCGCUUGCGAAUUAAAAAAUAUUAAACCAAAUUAUACUAAGAAAACGGAAUUUAAAAUGGCAUUCAAAGCGGGCGUUCCGAACAACAAUAAAAUUAACGUAAGUGUGACUAAUAAAGAAAAGAAAUUAAAAAUUUUCCAAGUAAAACGACCACCGGAUCCAUAUAAAAAAACCGGUUAUACAAUAACCAGCUUAGCGCCACCUUUUUCUUUCCAGACUGGCAAACGUCACGAGUAUCCCGACCAUUGGAGGCUCGCCUCCGUUUACCAACACUCGUACAAACCGGUACACGCGAGGAAGAGAUCGUUGCUCGCUACAGUUUUUCUUUAAACUUUUCUUUUAUGGCAUUAAUUUA